GUGUGGAAUGCUUAAAGAACCGGUCCAAUGUAAACAGAAACAAAGCAGUACAUUUGACACGGUGUUAUCAAGGUUUAAAUCAAUGAUUUAGGUGGAUUUUAUAAUAUUUCAUAAACUCAUUAACCGGUAAUUAUCACUGCACUGUAUACAAUGAAUGUCAUUCAAUAUAUAUGCACCUUUAUCGUUAUUUUUAUGCCUGGGUGCACAUGCUUAUACCCAUUUCAAAACUUUUCACUUCCUUGGGACGAUCGUGUAAAUGAUUUAGUGGGUAGGCUUACUUUGGAUGAAAUAAAAGAGCAGAUGGCAAAGGGUGGGGCUGGUACUAAAGCCGGUCCAGCUCCUCCAAUCCCAAGGUUAAAUAUCGGGCCGUACCAGUGGAAUGAAGAGUGUCUCAGAGGUGUUGCAAUUGCGGGAGAGGCCACGGCUUUCCCUCAAGCCAUUGGACUAGCAGCAGCAUUUAGUCAGCAACUUAUAUUCGACGUAGCAGAAGCCACGGGUGUCGAGGUUAGAGCAAAGCAUAAUGAUUAUGUUAAGAAGAAACAAUACGGAGACCAUAAGGGGUUAAGCUGUUUUAGUCCUGUAAUUAACAUCAUGAGGCAUCCGCUUUGGGGUAGAAAUCAGGAGACUUAUGGGGAAGACCCUUAUUUAAGCGGUAUUUAUGCAGAAAAUUUUGUCAAAGGUUUACAAGGCAAUCACGUUAGAUACGUCAGAGCUAACGCAGGUUGCAAACACUUCGAUGUUCAUGGUGGUCCGGAGAACAUUCCAUUGCCCAGGUUCUCCUUCAAUGCUAAGGUUUCGGACAGGGAUUGGAGAUUAACGUUUCUACCAGCAUUUCGGGCUUGUGUUCUAGCAGGAUCUUACAGUCUUAUGUGUAGCUAUAACAGUGUAAAUGGUGUGCCAGCUUGUGCAAAUCGUAAACUGCUAACGAGCAUUCUGAGAGAAAAAUGGGGUUUCAAAGGCUAUGUGAUUAGUGAUGAUGGAGCACUAGAAAAUAUCAUAUAUUGGCAUCAAUACCUGACUACGCCCGUAGAUACAGCAGCAGAAUGCAUCAAGGCUGGAUGUAAUAUAGAACUGUCGGGAAACAACCCUUACAUUUAUGAUGCAAUUGUUGAUGCAGUGAAGCAAAAUAAAGUCUCGGAGACACUAGUAAGGGAACGAGUGAAGCCCCUUUUCUACACACGCAUGCGCCUUGGAGAGUUUGAUCCACCAAAUAUGAAUCCAUAUCUGCAGUAUAAUCUGUCACUGGUACAGAGCCCAGCUCACAGACAACUUGCUGUCAAAGCUGCAAUGCAGACAUUUGUGCUCCUGAAAAAUAAAGAAAGGUUACUACCGAUAAAGAAACAUUUCAACAGAAUAGCAAUACUUGGUCCUAUGGCAAAUAAUCUAAAUCAGUUGUACGGUGACUAUGCUGCUGAUAUAGAUCCACGAUUUGUCAAGACUCCAUUACAAGGCUUGAGUGCAAUGACUGACAGAGUAAAUUAUGCUGCAGGAUGUUCCGAUAACAAAUGUGAUAAUUACACGGCUGACGCUAUAAAGGCUGCUGUAAAAGAUGUACAGUUAGUGAUUAUCUGUGUAGGAACAGGUCAAGAGUUGGAAUCCGAGGGAAAUGAUAGACGUAACAUGAACCUAGCAGGAAAUCAGUCUCAGCUAAUUCAAGAUGCUAUUGAUUCGGUAAUUGGAAGUCCAGUUCUGCUACUGGUGUUCAGUGCAGGACCUGUCAACAUAAGUUUUGCUGACAAAGACCCUCGUGUGGAGGCCAUUAUGCAAUGUUUCUUCCCUGCUCAGGCGACAGGGGAAGCUUUGUAUAAUACUAUAACCAUGGCAACAGAAGAUGCUAGUCCUGCGGGAAGACUCCCUUAUACUUGGUACGACACUGCAGAUCAGAUUCCAUCAAUGACAGAAUAUACAAUGACAGGGAGAACCUACAGAUAUUUUAGAGGGACACCACUGUAUCCAUUUGGAUAUGGAUUAUCAUACUCCAGUUUUAAGUAUGUGAAAAUAUCAGUAAUGCCGACAAUAACUGUCGGGGAGGACCAGCACUUGUUUGGACAAGUAACAAAUACAGGAUUAAUUAGCGCUUAUGAGGUUGUUCAAGUUUACAUGUCGUGGUUAUCAACAAACGAAACAAUGCCAAAUAUACAGUUGGUUGGCUUCCAAAAGUUAUACAUCAAAUCCGGUACUACACAGGAAUUUCAGCUUGUAAUUUCCUUACGACAAAUGGCUGUCUGGACUGACAAUGGCUUUGUGGUUCAACCAGGUAAAAUGGCAUUAUACGUUAGUGGACAACAGCCAUUCCAGAAGAAAACAACUGGUUCAAAUACCUUGACAGCAAAGUUUGAAAUAGUAGGACAAGAAAAACGACUCGCCGGAAAGUUUUGAAGUGUCUAUCUCCUUCUACGCCUAUGAUUCUUUAUCCAAACAUCUCUAAGUGUUAUUUGUGUUAUAUAUGACAUCAUGAAAUUACAAACUAUACGUUUAUUUGUUAUGUAAGCAUUCCAUAUGCUCAAUGUGUUGUGUAAAAGUGCGAACGUUCUAUGUUAUAUGUGUUCUUGUUAUCAGCAUGCUACCGCAUCAGAUUUCCUUUGUUUCAAUAUUUUAAUACACCUUUCUAAUUGAUACCUUAUCACAGGUAGUAUUUCAUUACAUAGAGGGUAUUACAGGAGUGCCAUUUUCAUACUGAAUUUAUUAAACGAGUUGAACAAAAUAAUAAAAGGUGCGGCUCGGCGAUUUUAUUCUACAAGUUUAAUAUAUUCGCUGUACAAAACCACAAAUAUAAUAUUCUUUUUAUCAUAUAUGUUAGCUUUUUUGCUGAAAUAUCGAAAUGACUUUUUUCUUUGCCUGUUAUAGACUAUAAAAUCUUGCAUGUCUGUCUGUGUACGAUAUGGUUUUCCUUACCCGAUGGACAGUGCGGAAGGAGGGACAGAGCGUCAGUGUUGUUAUAGAUCCUGGCCGUUUCCUUACCCGAGGGACAGUGCGGAAUGAGGGACAGAGCGUCAGUGUUGUUAUAGAUCCUGGCCGUUUCCUUACCCGAGGGACAGUGCGGAAUGAGGGACUGAGCGUCAGUGUGUUAUAGAUCCUGGCCGUUUGAGAUCCGGAAUGAGGGACUGAGCGUCUGUGUUGUUAUAGAUCCUGGCCGUUUGAGAUCCGGAAUGAGGGACCGAGCGUCUGUGUUGUUAUAGAUCCUGGCCGUUUGAGAUCCGGAAUGAGGGACCGAGCGUCAGUGUUGUUAUAGAUCCUGGCCGUUUGAGAUCCGGAAUGAGGGACCGAGCGUCAGUGUUGUUAUAGAUCCUGGCCGUUUGAGAUCCGGAAUGAGGGACCGAGCGUCAGUGUUGUUAUAGAUCCUGGCCGUUUGAGAUCGUAGAGUCCAUUCAAGUUCACUUUAGUAGAAUUGAGCUGAAGCCAGUCUCCUCUCGUGAACAGACUCGGUCAAACUAAGUCUACUCUUAUUUUGCCUGGUUGCAAUCUAUACUUCCAAAGGAUCGUCUUGUAGAAAGUUUGUGGGUUGGAAAAAUAGUUGUCAUUCACAGGCAGAUAUGUAAAA